UCCGCCGCCGCCGCUGUCCCCCGCGCCCGCCACUUCCGGGGCCGCAGUCAGGGGCAUGGAGCCGCGAGCGUGARGCGCCGCUGGCCCCGGGACGCCCUGCCCAGCCCUGCCGCCGCCCCGCGCCCCGGCCCCACCCUCCCGAGGUCAGCGAGCAGUUAAUGCGGAAGGUGAAGAAGUUGCGUCUGGACAACGAAAACUCGGAAGGCUGGAGAAGCUUGUCACUGCAUUCCGAGGGAGCUGAGAGGAUGUCCUGCGGGGCCCCGGUGAUGGAGCGGGCCGACGCGGGCGACAUGGACGACCCUGCAGCCCGCUUCCAGGUGCAGAAGCACUCGUGGGACGGGCUCCGCAGCAUCAUCCACGGCAGCCGCAAGUACUCGGGCCUCAUUGUCAACAAGGCCCCGCACGACUUCCAGUUUGUGCAGAAGGCAGAUGAGUCGGGCCCCCACUCCCACCGCCUCUACUACCUGGGGAUGCCCUACGGCAGCCGGGAGAACUCCCUCCUCUACUCGGAGAUCCCCAAGAAGGUGCGCAAGGAGGCCCUGCUGCUGCUGUCCUGGAAGCAGAUGCUGGACCACUUCCAGGCCACGCCCCACCACGGGGUGUACUCGCGGGAGGAGGAGCUGCUGCGGGAGCGGAAGCGCCUGGGCGUCUUCGGCAUCACCUCCUACGACUUCCACAGCGAGAGCGGCCUCUUCCUCUUCCAGGCCAGCAACAGCCUCUUCCACUGCAGGGACGGCGGCAAGAACGGCUUCAUGGUGUCCCCCAUGAAGCCCCUGGAGAUCAAGACCCAGUGCUCGGGGCCCCGGAUGGACCCCAAGAUCUGCCCCGCAGACCCCGCCUUCUUCUCCUUCAUCAACAACAGCGACCUGUGGGUGGCCAACAUCGAGACGGGCGAGGAGCGGCGACUGACCUUCUGCCACAGGGGUUUGUCCAAUGUCCUGGACGACCCCAAAUCUGCUGGCGUUGCCACCUUCGUCAUCCAGGAGGAGUUCGACCGCUUCACAGGCUGCUGGUGGUGUCCCACGGCCACCUGGGAAGGGUCAGAAGGCCUCAAGACGCUGCGCAUACUGUAUGAGGAAGUGGACGAGUCGGAGGUGGAAGUCAUCCACGUCCCCUCCCCUGCGCUGGAGGAGCGGAAGACAGACUCCUACCGCUACCCCAGGACAGGCAGCAAGAAUCCCAAGAUCGCCCUGAAGCUGGCCGAGUUCCAGACAGACAGUCAGGGCAAGAUCGUGUCGGCACGGGGGAAGGAGCUGGUGCAGCCCUUCAGCUCGCUGUUCCCCAGGGUGGAGUACAUCGCCAGGGCUGGCUGGACCCGGGACGGCAAGUACGCCUGGGCCAUGUUCCUGGACCGGCCACAGCAGCGACUCCAGCUGGUCCUCCUCCCGCCUGCCCUGUUCAUCCCGACCCCUGAGAGCGAAGAGCAGCGGCUGGCCUUCGCCAGAGCGGUCCCCCAGGACGUGCAGCCACACGUGGUGUACGAGGAGGUCACCAACGUCUGGAUCAACGUGCACGACAUCUUCUACCCCUUCCCUCAGCCUGAGGGCACCGAGGAGUUCUGCUUCCUCCGAGCCAAUGAGUGCAAGACGGGCUUCUGCCACCUGUACAGAGUCACCGCCGUCCUCAAGUCCCACGGCUACGACUGGACCCAGCCCCUCAGCCCUGGGGAAGAUGAAUUUAAAAGCCUCAUUAAGGAGGAGAUCGCUCUGACCAGUGGUGAAUGGGAGGUUCUGGCCAGGCACGGCUCCAAGAUCUGGGUCAAUGAGGAGACCAAGCUGGUGUACUUCCAAGGCACAAAGGACACACCACUGGAGCACCACCUCUACGUGGUCAGCUACGAGUCUGCCGGCGAGAUCGUGCGCCUCACCACGCCCGGCUUCUCCCACAGCUGCUCCAUGAGCCAGAGCUUCGACAUGUUCAUCAGCCACUACAGCAGCGUGAGCACCCCACCCUGCGUGCACGUCUACAAGCUGAGCGGGCCCGACGACGACCCCCUGCACAAGCAGCCCCGCUUCUGGGCCAGCAUGAUGGAGGCAGCCAGCUGCCCUCCGGAUUACGUGCCUCCGGAAAUCUUCCACUUCCACACGCGGUCGGACGUGCGGCUCUACGGCAUGAUCUACAAGCCGCACACCCUCCAGCCUGGGAAGAAGCACCCCACUGUGCUCUUUGUAUAUGGGGGUCCCCAGGUGCAGCUAGUGAACAACUCCUUCAAAGGCAUCAAGUACCUGAGGCUCAACACGCUGGCUUCCCUGGGCUACGCCGUGGUGGUCAUCGACGGCCGGGGCUCCUGCCAACGAGGGCUUCGGUUCGAAGGGGCCCUGAAAAACCAGAUGGGCCAGGUGGAGAUCGAAGACCAGGUGGAGGGCCUGCAGUUCGUGGCGCAGAAGUACGGCUUCAUCGACCUGAGUCGCGUGGCCAUCCACGGCUGGUCCUACGGGGGCUUCCUCUCGCUCAUGGGGCUGAUCCACAAGCCCCAGGUGUUUAAGGUGGCCAUCGCGGGGGCCCCUGUCACCGUCUGGAUGGCCUACGACACAGGGUACACGGAGCGCUACAUGGACGUUCCAGAAAACAACCAGCAUGGCUACGACGCGGGUUCCGUGGCCCUGCACGUGGAGAAGCUGCCCAACGAGCCCAACCGCCUGCUCAUCCUCCACGGCUUCCUGGACGAGAACGUGCACUUUUUCCACACCAACUUCCUCGUCUCCCAGCUGAUCCGGGCCGGGAAGCCCUACCAGCUCCAGAUCUACCCCAACGAGAGACACAGCAUCCGCUGCCCCGAGUCGGGCGAGCACUACGAGGUCACGCUGCUGCACUUCCUGCAGGAAUACCUCUGAGCCGCCAGGAGCUCCACACAGAGCACAAGGGCCUCUGCGGCUGCCACCACCGCAGGGGACCAGGCUGCCACCCUGCGGGGGACCAGGCCGGAAGGACCUGGUGGCCCAGGCCCUGUGGAGGUGCCUCCUCCCAGCACCCCGCCGGACAGCCCUGGAGCCGGGGAGCACUGCCUUCGCUGCCCUGAAGCCUUGGUCUUCCUCCUCACUGCUCCCGGGUUCUUUGCUUGCUGCUUCUUGGUGGCCA